UGUUUGGUUCUCUGUCUCCAAAUGAAUUGCAAGUUUGUGGAAAACUCAGCACAAUUUAUACAAGUUGUGAAAUUUAUUUGAAUCUAUUUACUAAGUAAAAAGAAAAACGACUUCAAAUCUAAUUCUGGUGGACUACAGCCAGAUAGACAGGCACUGAAACUGCAACAUUGUAAGUUAUUUUAUAUCAGUGUAAAAUAUACAAUGUUUUACUUGAGGAAUUUCCUUAUGAAAAAAGAAGGGGACUACCUAACUGAAGGAAUUCAGGAACUGUCAUUUUACAUUCAAAGCCCUCUGUCUUUUUUUUAUUUUACAAGCCUUUGGAGCUUGAGUGAGCAAGCUAGAGACAAUGGCAGUUUGCAGGUGUGUGGGGCAGUAAUCUCUUCACUGAGUGGUUUAACGUGAUAAAUGAAUAACGAUUUUGGGCAGACAGUUUGUUCUCAGGGUUUGGUGCUGUGCAGGUGAAUGGGGGGAUUGUGAGCCCCGUUGUUUGAGGUCUCCAUGGACACCGCCCGCGCGGCGCCGGGCUGACAGCCGUCAGGGACUACAUGAAUGGGUGACGUCGCGGAACUGGCGCCUGGCGGUCUGCGUCAGCUUGUUUGGACGAUCUGUGGAAGAUUCAAAACAGAGCUAUUCACAUACCGCCCGGCGCUCAGUGGGAACAUGUGAACGAAUCUGUGAAACUAUUCAUUGGAAGAUUUAAGGCUUAAUGUGUGUAAACUAUUGAGAUUUGUAAAUUGUGUAAAUUGAAAGAGAUUUAUUGCAUAGGAUAUGUGAAUCCAUGAGAUUCGUCUACUAAUGAAAUGCUAUUUUAAAUACAUUUUAAGUUUUUAGCUUAUACUUUAAAACAUAAUUUGCAUACAAUAAUGCAAAAUCUAUAGCUGCUAAAUAACUGCCAAAUUAAAUUGAUGCUAUUAAAAUAUUAAUUUGGAUAAGAUUUGUUGAAUGGUCAAAUGCAGAACGAUGUAUUUAGUUUAUAAUAAAAUGCGAUAUUAUGCACUUUUCAGUUGAUUAAAACAUAAUACUUAUAAACAAAAACAUGUAUUUUGAGGGUAGCAUUCUGCAGAGCUGGGAUGUGCAGAAUGCUUGUUCUUCUUCUCUAUUUUAUCAACAUUAUAAAUGGACUGGCAUUUUUUUCAGUAGGCUAUAGACAUCCCCAAUAAAAACCUAUAUAUUGUUCUGACAGGUCAGGUUAUUUACCGUAAGAUUGAGUUCCAAUCGGUCUACAGUUAAAAGCCUAUUAAUCUAGUUAUUGCAGCAUUCUUCAUGACUAAGCUCCACACCCACGUCUCCGGGCGGUCUCUACACCUGCAGAGUCCACGGUCAAAGGACAGCUGGGAAAUUUGUUUCCAUUUGUAACACCAUCAUUUAGCAGAUUGUAAAGAUUGAUAAACACCCCGUCUCUAAUGGUAGCGAGGACUGGAGGACCGCCCCUCCGAUGCAUGCGGGAGUUUCUCAUUGGUCCAACGCUUCAAAAUGUACCCGCUUUAGUCACUCCCCGAAUCCUGCUGGAUAGAUAUAUGCAGCGUGAGUUCCCUUCAGAGCCACAAACUGUCAAAAUUCGCUUGACAGUAACAGUCUAAGAAUUCUCACCAGGAUACCAGAACUCGCAUCUACUUUACCUCUUUUUCGUAUAUUGCUCUUCAAGACGUCAGAACAAGAGAAAAUGAAAGUUGUCGGAUCUACCUGCACUCUCAAGAACACCGAGGACAUGGUCCGGUGUCUCUCCGAACAGAGUAUGGCCAUCUCCAAGUGCAAGAUCCCAAUGCUGGACGAGCAGAUGAGUGUAUUUCUGCAGGACAUGAACAGUUGCUACAGCAAGCUGAAGGAGCUGGUGCCCACUCUGCCAGCCAACAAGAAAGCCAGUAAGAUGGAGAUUCUGCAGCAUGUCAUCGACUAUAUCUGGGACCUACAGGUCGAGCUGGACGCACCCGGCAAACAGCAGGCCACAGAUGCACCCCGGACCCCUCUGACAACCCUCAAUGCAGAAAUCGCCAGCAUCUCUGUGGAGAACGGAUGCUCCGAUGACAGAAUUCUCUGCCGCUGAUCAAGCAACAGAUAUAACCAUUAACUAAGCAACAUGAAGAACGAUGUUGGCCAGCCAUGGAUGACAUUUCGUCGCAUCUUAUGUCUUGUAUCAAGCAGUGAAGCGACGUGAAAAUCCAUGAUAUGCGUAGAUAAACAUUCUGAGUUGAAACUAUGAAGUGUCAGGUCAGGAGAGCUGUCCCCACCCAGCCACAGGUGUCCUGCUGUCACCAAGAAGAGCGGCGCGCUCGGUGAAGACGCGUUGCUGGUCAAGCUGAGACUGAGGAUGGUCAUCAACAACAGCAUCCUAACCCAACGAGCUCUCUUAGAUGUUGAUACAUGUUGGACUUUAUGCGAAAUAAUCGUUCAUUCCUUAUUAUCUUUUCUGUAUUUUGAGCAAUUUAUAUGUAGAAAAUAUUUAUAUUUUAAAAUGUCAAUUUCUCAGAUUGCUGAGCUAUAUUUGUAUUGUAUAUUACAAUGAUUCAGAUGUGAUCCCCAAUAUUGUUUUUAUAACAAUGUACUUCUGGUGUUUUUAUUAAAACAAUAUAUGUUAGGUGAGAAUAAUGCCUUCACUUUU